GGCCAGAUCCAGAUGUAGAAAGUCCACCUUGCACCUUCCCGUUCAUCUACAAGGGCAAGUCCUAUGACAUGUGUACUGCUGAGGGCAUGAGUGAUGGAAAACUCUGGUGUGCCACCACCAGCACUUAUGAUGUUGAUAAGAAAUGGGUUUAUUGUAAUGUCACAGAAUCGGACUGUGUCUUCCCCUUUGUCUUCCGUGGCAAGACUUACCCAACCUGCACCACAUCUGGGCGCAUAGACGGGAAGCUGUGGUGUCCCCUUACCACCAACCCUGAGACAGACAGGAUGUGGCUUCUUUGUGAUGACUUGGAAUAUGGAGGCAAUUCUUUAGGCCAACCCUGUGUCUUCCCAUUUUUCUACCGGAAAAAGACAUACUUCACCUGUGUCCCUGAAAAAUCUAACAAGACCUGGUGCGCCACGACGGGCAGCUAUGAUAAGGACAAGAAAUGGAGCUACUGUGCUGAUACAAGACUAAGUGAUGAACCUAUCGGCCCCUGCAUCUUUCCAUUUGUCUUCGAAGGCCAGUCUCACUCAACGUGUGUCACAGAUGGCUCACCUAAUGGGAAACCCUUUUGCUCUCUCACCGACCACUAUGAUGCAGAUCUCAAGAAGGUCCCUUGUGAAAAUUCAGUUGUCAGCACCCUGUUCUGGCCCAUCUCCGAAGCAGAGUUAAUGGACACUGGGGAAAGACUGGUCUUUAUGGAUGUCAGCACUUUCACCCUGCAUUUCUGGCUGGCUGAACUCCCCUAUUGA